AUGAACGCCGACGACAACACGAACGCAAACAUGAACGCCGACAAUGCGGCGGCGGCCGGUCCGCAACGGAGGCGCACGGCGCAAAAGGACAUUCCGUUGUCGACCGUGCUCAAAAUCAUGCGGGAGGCUAUCCCGAGAUCGGCUCGGAUCGCCGACGAGGCGAAGGAGACGGUGCAAAAAUGCGUUACGGAGUUCAUCCACUACGUCACCGCCAAGGCCAACGAGAGGGCCAAGCAGGAGAGGCGCAAGACGGUCACCACCGAGGAUUUAAUCUGGGCGAUGAGAGCGCUCGGUUUGGGAAGCUACGCCGAGGAACUUACUGAUUUUAUAACUGACUACCGUGCAAAGCACGUGCACGGCCGUGCGGCUAGUCACCCCCUGCCGCCGCCAGUCCAGCAGGUGCCUUUUAUGCAGGGCUUUCCGGUGCCGGGGUUUGCUCCCGGACCGAUGAACGACGGCGCCGGUGGUUCCGCCUCCUCCUCUUCCCCCUCCUUCGGCGGUGACUAUUUUUUUGAUCCCUCAUACCCACCUACCAACUUUAACGGUUGA